AUGGAGGACUCAGAAGAUAAUGAUAAACCUAAAAAACCUACGACACAUGAUGAACGAGGUGCAGCAGAUCUAGAACGUGUUACUGAUUAUUUUGAGGAGAAAGAGCUGAGUGUAGGACUAGAUGCAGUUAAAGCAGUUUCAGAUACAGCUGGUGAUGCAGUUGCUGCUGACAAAGCUCAAAAACAAAAGCAGAUGCUGAAAAUCAAAGUCAGAAAUGAGGAUGUCGCGUUGAUUUGUCAAGAAAUGGAAGUUAGCAAGCUAACAGCUGAACGAUAUCUGAAAGAGCAUCAGGGUGACGUCUAUGAAACGCUAACUGAACUGUGCAGAUAG